UUAUUUAGGUGUGAAAUCAUUCGAUGGAGACAUCAACUGCAUCUGGGUACCACUUGAUCUCUGCUCAGGAGCUUCCUACUGCAUAAAUUUUGAUGCUGCAGAUGGCGGGAAUGGCUGUUGCUCGUUCUGGUCUGUUUCAUGCAAAUGCUAGCAAAGUACUUCCAUCCCAGUCUCGUCAAACUAGUUGGAUUAGGUGUUAUGAUACAAAUAAGGCAGCUUCCGAAGAAAAUGCAAAACCAAAUAAGGGAUAUUUUGGCAGAGAUACAAUUGCCGAUGCUGCUGCUAAGAUUGCUCCUGCAGUCGCUAGUCUAUAUGCUCCAAAACGAGGGCAAAACGUAGACGCGGAGAUUGGUUCUGGAACUGCCAUUCAUGAGGAUGGCUACAUUUUAACAUGUGCUCAUGUUGUCUUUGACACAACGAACGUGGUAUACUCAGCCGAUGGGAAGGUUGUUGUACACUUGCAAGAAGCCGAGAAAGAGGUUGUAGGCCAUGUUGCUGAUGCCUAUGCAGAUCUUGACAUUGCCAUUAUAAAGAUUGAAAAACCAACUUCUCCCCUUUCAACAGCAAAAGUUGGCUCAUCUAGUAAGCUUCGUCCUGGAGACUGGGCAAUAGCCAUGGGCUGUCCACUUUCCCUUCAACACACUGUUACGCUCGGGAUUAUCAGCUGUGUUCACCGCAUGAGCAAUGAGUUGAGACGUGGAGGAAUGAUGGAGUAUCUACAAACAGAUUGUGCAAUCAAUCCAGGAAACUCUGGGGGUCCUCUUUGCAAUGUUGAUGGAGAAGUAGUUGGCGUCAAUGUUGAGACUAUUAAGCCGGACAAAGCAUCUGGAGUGAGCUUUGCAGUACCUGUUGAUUUUAUUUCGGCGAUUUUAAAGCCCUUCGAGAAUUGUCAGAGCCCUGUACGACCUGAUUUCGGAUGGGUUAUGCGGAACGUUAGUGAUGGUGUCUUGGUACGGAUGGUAAUAAAAGGAUCCCCUGCUGAUCGUGCUGGCAUUCGAACCGGUGAUGUCGUUGUGGAAUUUAAUGGAAAACAAGUUCGAGACUUGAAAGAGAUGAUGGAUGCUAUGGGGGAGAGAUCUGGGGCACCUGUCAAGGUAUGUGUGAAGAGAGGCGGGGAUGCUUUGGGUCCUCUGACCAUAACUUUUGUGGAGAAAGAUGUUGCGAGAUUUGCAGCAAAUCCGAGGUCUCGAUUUUGAUCUCGACUAUGAUCAAACCAUAGUUAUUUGCUGUACAAUAAAAGUCCAAGCGAUCUGUUACCUUGGAUCCUUGAUUUCGUGAGAGGACAACAAUGCGGCAUGUAUAAUCAUGUCAUGACAGAACCUCGAUCUGGCGAGUAAAAUAAAAUGUGAUUAUGUUGGUUGCAAGUGAUUGAGUACCAUGUCAAUGUGUUGGAAAUUGAAAA